AUGGAAGACUUGAAACGUUUGUCGGCCGAGUCUUCCGUAGAGCUGUGGUUUCGCCUUCCCCAAGACCACUCCGUCGCGGCGGUUAUCCUGUGCAAAAGUAUCGUACUCGUAUUGCAAUCAUGCAUUACAGGUAAAAUCGCACUACAAAUUUUAUUUCUCAUGCUGAAGAAAUUUGCAAUGCGAUACUUUUGCAAUUCAUAGCGGUAGCGGGGGGUUUGUCCUCGGUAGUCGAGGUGGCGGAGGACGGGAGAAUCGGAACAAUGGCAAGUAAGGACGCAGGGGCUACUUCAAGAAUAGAUGAAAAGAGGACACCAGCAGGUGCAGAAAAGGAACUACAGGAACAUCGAAGCGGCGACGCUAGUUCCAUCUGGGCGCCUUUGAGGAUCAAAGUAGAACCACCGCCUUCAAACAUCGCCUCUACCAUCGAGGCGGCUCGGGGUGCGCGCAACCACCACGGUGGCACAAAUUCUAACGGGGAACAAGCAGG